AUGUUGUUGGUUUGGAUCCUGGCUGAGAGUCCCGGUUGUUCCAGCUUAACCACUAAGGAGCUCCAACAGAACUUGAAGCUGGCGAAGCAAAAUGAGCGACCGGUCCGGCUGCUGUUUGAGAUCCCAUCGAGUCGAAUUGUGGACCAGCUGCUGAACAAAUACGUGGCGUAUCAGAUCGUCGUGAUGCGCUCUGGCAGCUUUGAUUCCUGUUGUGUUUCCAUCGAGCGCCGCUACAGUGACUUCCGGAGGCUUCACCACAAACUGCUGGAGGAGUUUGACGAAGAGCUGGAGGACGUUCUUCUGCCCCCGAAGCUCCUGACGGGAAACUUCAGCCCAGAGAACAUUCUGGAGCGCCGCCUGGCCCUGCAGGACUACCUGGCCAAGCUGUUCGCAACCCGCUGCGUCAGACACUCCGCACACUUCUCGGAGUUCUUCACCGAGCACGAGCAGAAGCAGGCCCACGUGCUGCUGCGAGCGGGCCAAUUCAAGGCCGCUCUGGAGCAGCUGCAGACGGUCCUGGAGAUCCAGGAAAAGCUGCUGCCGUGGCAAAAGUCCACCCUGACCGUCCCCGCCCUGUCUGCGAUCGCUGUGUGUUACCGGGACCUGGACGAGCCGGAGCAGGCCUUCUCAGCCGCUCAGCGAGCUCUUCCUCCGGUGAGGCGCUACGGACUGAAGCCCUAUCGAGCGCCGCUGCUGGAGCUGCUGGUAGAUCUGGGGUACCAGCUGGGUCGUCCCGUGGCUCAGCUGCAGGACGAGCUGACGGCCGUCAGGAACGGCGAGAGAGGGGAGGUGUGCUUCCGGUCGCUGAAGGAAGUGGUGAUCCACAAGUUCAUCUGAGGAAGAGCAGGAACCCAGACUUACCAGAGACCCUGUGAAGAGAAAGUCUGGGUUUACUAAAAACCGAAAUGGCCUCAAAGCUGUAAAAAAGUUACAUUUGAGAGUGAAUUCCCACCAGUCUGUUCAGUCCUUCAAUCAAACUCUAGUUUGUUUGUCUAAAGUCUGGUUCAUUUGUGGAGGUUUGAAUGAGCGAACUCUGCUUCGCCUACAAAUUCAAACGCAUAUGUGAAUACCAAGUGGACCAGAGACCUGCUAAAGCCCUAAAGAAGUUGCUGUAAAUUUUUCUUUCUCCCCCCUCAGUCUGUCACUCUUUUGUUUGGAUGUGUUCCUAUUCCAAAGUAUUUUGGGAACAGUUUUAUAACUAUGUUUAUUCCAAAAUAUAAGCAAACGUUCAAUUGCAUUGGGAAAAUGUCCUGUUUGGGCUUCAACAAAGGGCCAAAAAUAAAUCCAAAAGAUUUAUUUAUUAACUUAUUAAUCAACCAUGCUAAGUUUUGAGGAGAAAGUCUGUUGUUAUUGUUGAGUUUUAAUAAUAUAUGCUUGCGAUCUAAUUUCUAUCUGAUCAAAAGGGAAGAACAACCACAUGAUUUGUUCCUAACUUAAGCGUCUGGAUGAUCCUGUUGUCUUAAUUUAUUUUUACAUGAGGUUACUUGGCACGAAUGUUACUUUAUGUAGGAUUUUCUGUCAAUUCUGACAUUUCUUUUAAUAUUAUUUAUGCUACCCCUGUCUAGUUUCCACAUUCUUGUUUUUGUUGUACGUUGUCACAAAUAAAGAUGCCUAAACAAUUAA